CCUCGAUCGCUCCAUACUCGGCACCAUGAGCAACGCACAAGCGUAUUACGAGCUUUAUCGCGGGAGCAGCCUGGGCCUGUCCCUUACCGACACCCUCGAUGACUUGAUCAAUGAAGGCCGAAUCGAGCCCCAGCUCGCCAUGAAGAUUCUUUCCACUUUCGAUCGAGUGAUUACCGAGGUUCUCGCAGACAAAGUGCGCGCAAGGCUUACUUUCAAGGGCCAUCUGGAUACAUAUCGCUUCUGCGACGAAGUAUGGACAUUCCUCAUCAAAGACGUCACUUUCAAACUGGACAACCAGACGACUGUGCAAGCAGAUAAAGUCAAGAUUGUGAGCUGCAACAGCAAGCGCCCCGGCGAGGCAUAGUGACCUAUCGUUCCCAGAUAUUCAUGGCUCUUUGUGCUUUAUUUUGUUCCCUUGGGUCCUGUUUUCCGGACCGGCGUUACGAUAAUGUCAGCAUCGGGUUGACUGGGGCAUGGAUUUCUUGAUAUUAGGGGGUUUUUUAUGUGGCGUUGGGGACAUAACAUUGACUGCAUGUGUAUUACAAAUCUUGCUGUGCAAACGGUGCUUAGAACAAAUCGAUACCCAAGAUGGACGCGGGUUUUU